UUUUAAGAGUGAGAACUUGUAAUUUGAAAGGGACUUGGACAAAUGCAACAUUGGAAAAUGCACAUAGAAAAAUUUCAAUUUGAAAGCAAUUGCAUCUGAUUUUUCUUUCUUUUCAUCUUUCACAUGUAUGAGUCACUAGAGAGCCUGGCAAAGGGCUCCAUUUCAUGUUAACUUAGAGGUAUGCCUUAUGUGUACAGCCUCCAGAGCCUUUAUAUUUAUUUCAUGAACGUUUUGUAAUGUAUGAGUGGUAUUAUCUCUCAUUUUUGUAGACUGAUAUUUGAUACAACAGUAUUGAAUGAAACCUGCAAAGAUGGUUGGGAAAACUGAGGGCAAAAGAGAGUUCAAGGAGGCUAAAGUGAGAAUCCCAAGACUCAGAAAUGUAGAUCUCCUCAUUUCUGAACCUGGGAAUUCCUGUGUAUUUCCAUAUCAGAAGGAAGGUUCUUCAGCAUUGCUAAUUUCUGUAAGUACUAUGGAACCUCCACAGCCCUGUAGGUUUGGAAGGCUUAAAUCCAAGUUUGGAAAGGCUUUUUCCAUUCCAAAUGAUUUGCUGGCUUAAGCGCUUAAUUAGGAUGGCUUUUGAACAAGUUGGAUUAAACAUGGAAUCAGUGCUUUGGUCAAGCAAGCCUUAUGGUUCAUCUCGAAGUAUUGUAAGAAAAAUUGGCACUAACCUCUCUCUUAUACAGUGUCCAAGAGUUCAGUUUCAGCUCACUUCUCAUGCCACAGAAGGAAACCAUCUUAAUCAAGUUAGAGAAGAUGCAGUGGCCUCCUUUGCAGAUGUGGGAUGGGUUGCGCAAGAAGAAGGUGAAGUUUCUACAAGGCUCAGGUCAGAAGUUUGGUCAAAACCAGCCCAGUCUGUUUCAGGUGAGCUACAUCAUUCUGGAAAGUCCCCAUGCAGACAGACGUCCUUACAAAACCUGGAAGAAGAACCAGUGUCCAGGAGCACAGUGACGGCAAAUGAAGAAGCUCUGCAGAAGAUCAGCGCUCUAGAGAAUGAACUAGCCACCUUAAGAGCACAAAUAGCCAAAAUUGUAAUCUUGCAAGAACAACAGAACCUGACAAUAGGUGGGUCAAGUCCGGUUGCUUCAGCUGCUGUCCCUGUUGCUCCUCCACCACCACCACUGCCGCCGCCUCCUCCGCCACCGCUCCCUCCCCCAGGUCUACAACCGAGUGUGUCUGCUGUCGAGCUCAUUAAAGAAAGGAGAAACAAAAAAACGAACUCUGGACAGAAUCUGGCAAAAAAUGGGCCAAAGAAGCCUGAAAUACCAAACAUGCUAGAAAUCCUCAAGGACAUGAACAGCGUGAAACUACGCUCAGUGAAAAGAUCUUCAGAAGGUACAAAAUGUAAAGCGGCUGACCCUGCAGAUCCUGCAGCAUUAAUAGCAGAAGCGCUCAAAAAGAAGUUUGCGUAUCGAUACCGAAGCGAUAGCCAAAGUGAAACGGAAAAAGUGAUUCCAAAGACUGAAACAAAGACAAAGACUGAGGUAGUGCUGUUUGGACCACACAUGCUGAAGUCUACUGGGAAAAUGAAGACUUUAAUUGAGAAAUCUUAAUGUAUUAAGAUGACUACGUGAAAGACUGUUGAGCUGUUUUGUCUGAAAUCUUUUAUGUUGCAAGUAGCACUAGGACUGAGUGGUCUCUUAUAACACAGGAAAAAAACUAAUGCGAGAUGUAGAAUUGAGGCACUAAACAUGUUUGUAUGUGAUUUAUCAAGGGGAAUAAAUUUGACCAUUAUACUCAGGUAUUAAUUUUGUAUUGAAACCUGGCUUUCUACUCAAACCUAUGUGGUGGUUUUAGGUUAUUAACACUAAGUUAUAUAUACAGCAUUCUUUGUGUAUAACUGACCACCUUAAAAAAUUGUGUACAUGUUAAUAAUGCUAGUGAUACACCCUUAAGUUAAUAUCAGUUAUUUGAGCUCUAACUGUAACUUGCACUACAAUGUUUAGUUUGAUACUGAAUUUUUCAGGUUUAAGUAUUUCUUUUAAACUUAAUUUUAGCAGGUUUUUAGCCCAAAGAAAACCUGAAUGCAUUCUGCUUCCUACUGAAAGGAAGUGAGAACUUAAAUCUGCUGCAGAGGUCACCUGGUAUGAUACAUUUUAAGUAGCAGCACAUUUUUGUGCAGGGCGGUAGUUGGUUUUUUCUUGUUUAAAUGAGCUUGCGAGGGUAAGAGCAAAACCUACUUGUGAUCUUGGAAAACAUAAAGAGUGCAUGACAAGUAAAUCCCACUGUGGGAGCCUCUGUGAAUAGGUAGUCCAAUGGAUUUGAAAUAACUAGCAGACAGCAGCAGCAUAAAAUAAUUUAUGUCAGACUAUGUGUUAACUUUAAUUGGUGUAAAAAUCGAGUACUGGGGGGUGCAAGUUGCCAAAAGUCUAUCGCUCACCUCAGCUGUGCCAAGGGAUGCUCAUGGGCACCUUUUUACCCCCAGAUGGGUUUGUGGCAGCAGGGGACUGCACAAGCCCUCCUGCUCCCAUUCAGUGGGGAAGAGGCAGGAGAAGCUGUUGCACAUCACCCGCUUUCCAGGGGCAGCUGUUUCUGGUACCAGACCUGUACAGAGAGAGGUAGAUUAUCAACCAGCCGCCUGGGCUGACCUCCCCAGCUACAGAGGUAGGAAGGGCUCAAGAUACAAGUAAAAUUCAUUUCGAAAAAAGCUCUUUAGGAACCAGAGAGCUACAGCUCUACUGCACACUUAGAUGAAGCCAUGGUUUGCUCUGGCUGUAGAGGAGCAUAGAAGAAGCUGCGUCUGGGUGUUCCAGCAUUCUGGGUUGAUCUGGCUGCUGGAACAAGUACAAGUGCCUCUUAGAGCUUCUGUUUUCUAGGAAAAGGAAAAAAAAGCAGCACUUCUUAAAUAGAGACAGCUGAACGUCUCUGAGAAGGUCACUGAAGAUGGCUGAAGCUUUGCUGCUUAGAACUGGAAUGUAGAUUGUACGAUCAAGGAGGAUGUUUCCUGUUGUGAAGCUUGAAAUGGUGUUAAUAUGUACACAAUGUCAUUUCCUUCCAAAAAGCUCAAGCCUUCAGUCUUACUGAUAGGCUGUUGAAUCUUUGUAUUCUUUUAAAUGCCUUUAAGACACCUUUUUAAAAGUUAAAUUUUGGUUUCAAGUUUUGUAUUUAAUGCUCUAUUGCCACUAUAUAAAAUUAAAAGCAGUUAAAAUAA